AUGGGAAAGUCAGCUUCCAAACAGUUUGCAGAAGAGGUCUUAAAAGCUCACAAUGACUACCGAAAGAAGCAUGGUAUUCCCCCUCUAAAACUCUGCAAAAAGUUAAACAGGGAAGCGCAGCAGUAUUCAGAAGCACUUGCUAGCACAAGAAUACUCAAGCACAGUUCUGAAUCUAGUAGCGGAAAAUAUGGAGAAAAUUUAGCAUGGGCUUCUUACGAUCAGUCAGGGACAGAAGUAGCUGACAGAUGGUAUAGUGAAAUAAAAAAUUACAACUUUCAGAGUCCAGGAUUUUCCUCUAACACAGGGCACUUCACAGCAAUGGUUUGGAAGAACACAAAAAAGAUGGGAGUUGGGAAGGCAGCAGCAAGCGACGGCUCCACAUUCGUGGUGGCCAGAUACGAGCCAGCAGGCAAUAUUGUAAAUCCUGGUCACUACGAGCAAAAUGUUCUUCCACCAAAGAAAUAACUUUGUUGGGACUAGGGAGGGGGGAGGGGAGAAAGG